AUGUCUUCGAACUCAUCAUCACCACCGUCAGUAGCAUCAGACCUGAAUAUCGCUUGUGCAUGCACAGAAUGCUCCACAUUUCUCCGUCCAAUCUUCCCUUCGGACUCACACUACCGGCAAGACUUCUCACAAUUCAUCUUUCCUGCCGGUACUACCUCUCGGGAGCCAGCGUCAGUAUGGAUCGACAAGCUAUCGUUGGCAGCAUACGACAUGCAGACCACCACCCCACCAUCAGGAUCGCAAACCUCCGAUAGCACCAGUCAUCGCAAGCGAGUCAGCCUUGUUAUACCCACGAACAGUCCAGAGACCAAUAUACGGACUGCUUUUCCGAAAACGCCGGGCAUCUUGCGCUGCUCGAAUAUCCAUUGCAGCACCCGUCUCCCAAGUAGCUCAGCGUUAGCUGCUACAACAAGGUUUCCCGCAGGUGCACUAUGCGCCGAGCACGAGGAACAAGCUAUUCAACGAGUAUUGGAUACCACUCCUCUCGAGAGCGUUCCCAUGUUGGACCAAGUCUUCGGAAGCAAUUACGGGAACGUAGUUAACCGGUCGGGCUUGGGUAGCAGGAGUAAUAGUUCGGCUUCUUGGAACAGUCUAGCUUCUUGGGAAGGUGACGAUGCGGAGUCUGAAUGGAGUGCAAAGGCAUUUGAUUCGAAGCUUUGCUGGUGA